AUGAAAGGCACGUUGUUGACUUUCAUUUUGUUUAGCAGUAUUGUACUAUUCAUCGAUGCCAUUAUUGUGCACGAUGAUGAAGUAGAUUACACAAGCCGCGAAAGGCUUUACGAUACUAGCCAAGGACAACAGCGACGAGAGUUACCCACGAGGGAUGAGAAUCCUCGUGCGAAUGGAUUAAAUUUUCACGAGGUUGAUGCAUUUGGUGAUGAUUUUGUAGACUUUGGUGCACAAACGGGACCAUACGGGGCGUUCACGUGGCACGCCAACUUUCCCGUGGAAGAAGAGCAACGAUAA